AUGAAUGUCUUGUUGGGGGCGGAUCAGCCGUUCGGGCAUGCGGGCUUAUCCCCUAGCCCGCCACCCACAGGCCGGAUGGAUAGGCCGGCCACAACGCUUCUGCUCCGCAACCCGGCCGUCCAAUCCUUGUUCAUCUACAAUUCUAACCAGCUGUCAGAAUGUCCUCCCAGGAGAUCAUCUACGGAUCGGGCCCAACAUUGGCGACAAAUCCUUUCCGGGCUACAUCAAGGUGUUCGUCGUGAUGUCGUGAUUGCAAUGGAUAUGAAUGACUUGCACACGGACGCUGAGCUGCAGCAAGUCAAGACAACUGCUAAGGCCUUGCUGGACGUGGCGCUGGCCGGGGAUCGAUAUUCGAUUGUUGCGAAUUCUAAUCAUGGGUUGGAAACGCAUUGCAGUUCGUCAAUUACUCAUCUGCAAGAGAUUGUGAAGAACUUGAGAAAAGUGGUGGCUUCAAGCCGAAAAUCGGAAAUCGAUACCUUAAAGCUAAACGAAUUGGACCUAUGGACAAGUCCGGACGGCACUUUACCUUUUAAGGUGCCACACGCCAAACACGGCGUUUUUACAAUGCCUACACCGUCCGGAAAACGCAGAUAUCUUUGGAAAACGCUCAAAAGAGGCCUAAUAUUUGCGGUCGGGUACAUCGAAGGGAAACUUCCGGCACACGUUCACGUCCAGGAACUGCAAGAGCGACAAACGGAAAAACUGGAGCACUUGGUGUACAAUCGAUUUGAUCUUCAGCGCGAGCUGCAUCACCAUUGCGGAUUUCACGGAGCGCUAUCCGUCAAGGGAAAAGCUUCCCUUUUCCUCCCCUCCUCGGCUUUUGAGCCGUUGACCCGUCGGCUUGAUCCGACUGAGCAGUUGGUGAACAACUACUGGGUUUAUAUUAACGAUCGUAUCGGGGUCAUCCGAUCAUCUGCUAUAAAAUCGGGAGUCCGGGAAGAAGCUGGGAUGAUGGGUGCCAUCGCGAAACUGUGGAUAGAAGCUGAAUACGAUCCCGUCGUAAUCCGUCGCUUCGUCGCCUCCCGUCGUGGUCUCCUCGUCUCCUACCCGGCCGUCGUCCUCGACGAGUCCCACGACCCAAGAACCCAACUCUGGUUCCAAAAAGCCCUAGAGAACCCAAAACGACUGGCAACCACCGGCCCAAUAGCCGAUCCACUACUCGGGGAUACUGUGGUCCUAUCGACAGUACUAUCGUAUGGGCAACAGGACAUGUUCGUCGUCGGGGUCGAGGUGACGCUCAACUUUCUGGAGCACGUCAUGCAAAGGACGGUUUCGGCUUGUAGCGAGGGCCGUCGCUGUCUUCUUCUCACCUCUAUCGGAAAUGUUGUAGCUCUGCCUACAGAGUUGCUACACACACUAUCGGUUGAUGCCGUUGAACGGUACCAUCUCGCCCACGUCGAUCCGACCCUAACUUCCCAUCUCCUGACCGCGCCUCACAUCUUCAGGAAGGAGGAGUGCCGUUCUACCAGCGGACACACGCACCACCGAUUCCGUUUCAAUACGUCGUACAGCCGAGUGGAUACGAAAAUGUGCUCCUCCCUUCCACCGCUCUCUCGGCCUCAGGUACAAUCCGAGGUGGUGCUCGUACCACACACCGACGUCUUCUUGGCGCUCAUCAAUACGAGUUGCGUUAGGAGGAAGGAAGCUGGGCACUUCUGCCCCUGCUCGGUCUCCGAUCGCCGGUGCCUAUUUUGUGCUCGUUUUGACGAGAAUGAGUGCGAGUGCCCGUGUCAAUGUGGUCCCAACCGGGCUUCGGCGUGUGAUGCUGGACCCAAGGACGUUCAUAAAACGACUACCCUCUGUACCCCAGAUGCAGUACCAUACCCUCCAAAUUACGCUAAGGCCCCGCACUACUUGGAAGAGUGCCAGCCGAUCAGUUGCCCCCAAUUCCACUCACCAUCAAGCUGCAACCUGCGCCCGGGAUGUACCUGCAAACGGCCUCGACGCGUCACGCGACGCACAGAACACGCCAUCUACCCCGGUAUCGUUGAUCGGAGCAUUGAAAUCGGUCCAACCGCCUCCGCGAACGCCGAAUCUGUAACAGCGACCAGGGCGGCACCUGUUCUGCGGACGCUUCGGAACCCUCGAGCCAAACGAGGAUUUCUACUUCGAUCACGAGGGCCUGAGCCGAGAAAAGCUGAUUCUCGCUUCCUUCGAAAGAUCUGGAGCGGACGAAUGAGGGUAGUGAUGCGGGCACUAGUUCAAACCUGCCCGGAAUCCGGA